AAUCAGCUGAUAAGUUUCUCUCGACUGAACUGACAACUAGUCACAAUAACAAAAAACAACGUCUGUUGUGUUUUGUAUCUCUUUGGCUUAUUCUGCGAGGACGGAAUAAUGGCACGAGUGGUGAAGAAAGCCGUUUACGGAACGUUACCAAGCAGUGUUCGAGUGCAGCAACCCUCACAAAGAGAUUCUAGCAGAAUUAAUCCUGUGCAAAACAAUAUCAAUUUGGAUAGGGAAGAUUCACAGUCAGAAAGCAGCUCUUCGUCUGGUAACAGUUCGGUCGAGUGCAGUCCAAGGCGAAGGGACGAAUUCUUACGUUAUGAAGAUAGUGACGAAGAAGAAACGUAUCCUACUUCUAGCAAAAUCUCACACAGUUUUGUUGAUCUGGUAUCACAGCGCUCCCUGGGGCAUGGUCACCCUGCUAGUGUUAAUUGGGAAUAUGGAACAAGACAUUUACUUACAAAUGGAAAUUUCAGGGAACAUCAAAUUCAGCUGGGCGAGAUGAACAAAAUCUUCUGCUCUCAGUGGCUUAACGGGCACCAGAUUGUCUUUGGUUCAAAAUGCAAUAGGUUAUCGGUGUAUGACCUCAAUAAGAAGGAAUUGUUUUCCAUACCACUUUUGAGAAGCCUGCAGAACAGACAACCUGAAAGUCAAUGUGGUAUCCAUGCGUUGGCUAUCAACCCUUCCCAGACUGUUCUGGCCACAGGCGCAGAAAACACUAAUGACAUCGCCUUUUAUUCGUUACCGACUUUUGAUCCGCUCGCCAUCGGAGAGGGUGCGCACAGUGACUGGAUGUUCGACCUUAAAUGGCUGGAUGACUGUUUCCUCGUUUCGGGCUCGAGAGACACGAAGAUGGCCUUGUGGAAGCUGGAGGAUGUGUAUCAUCCAACAGUGAUUAAUUUCAAAGCUCUGGCCGUCAAACGUUGCAAAACGGCAGAAAAAGUGCGGGCGUUGGCUUUCAAUAAAAGGGACGUAGAAAUCGCCGCUCUUAGUCUUAACGGCUACAUUCAUUUGUGGAAGGCUGAUACUUUCAAACAAACGGGGUCACAAAAACUACACUACGGAAUGGAGAACGUCUGUCUUGGAUACCAAGAAGAGCGCAACCUGUACGCUGUCGGUUCCCGCUCUCACACGACCAUAUUGGACGCUCGCAGUCUUCAGCAAAUCCAAAAUAAAAAUAUAGCUUCUCUUUAUCCUACUUGUGGCAUCCGAUCCGUCAGUUUUCGUGGGGACAUUUUGACAAUUGGGACGGGAACUGGAUCGAUCCUGUUCUACGAUUUGCGGACUUCUAAGUACAUGCUUUAUAAAGAUACGACUAGAGAAAUUGUCUUUAAAACGAAUACCGGCUGGGUGGCAGCAGACGACUCCCCCCAGGUCAUGGCACGUUACACACCUGCCAUUUACACUCACUGCUACGAUGGAAGUGGAACUAGGCUCUUUGCAGCUGGCGGACCAUUGGCGGUUGAACGCCGAGGCAACUAUGCAGCCGUCUGGAGUUGAUUUCGAAAUAAAUGCCAAAACCGUGCCGUCGAGAUCUCUUUACAAAAUCAUCUCACACAACACACGCGCCAGUCGAUUUAUUAUUAUUACCUUUCAUUCUGUCUUGUUAACUCUAUUCUCUUAUUUCUCUUUUCUUUCAUCCUAUACUAUUGAAGAAUUUAGGGGAAAAUUUUAGUACAAUAACAGAGAACGUUGUUAUAUUGACAUUAACUUAUGAAUUAUCAAAUUGUUGAUUUGGUGAAAAUAAAGCUGCUAACAAAGUGA